AUGUCCAAGCUGGUCACAGAAUUUGACCAUUACAUUCCAGAAAAUGCACAUAAAUACAGUUGGAUCAGAAACCUAUUUAACAUUGAAGCUGAAGACCUACCUGAGGAAAUGUCAAACAUCAACAACCUACAGGAGCAGCUCAUUGAGAUCCAGAGUGAUGAAGCACUUCAUUAUGAUUUUAAAAGGCAACAUGAAUCACUAAGCUCAUUUUGGAUAAAAGUGUACAAAGAAAAACCAAUUCUUGGAGGUGAAUCCAUGAAAGCCCUCCUUCCAUUUGCUACAAUAUAUUUGUGUGAGGCAGGAUUUUCUGCCCUGACAGUCACAAAGACCUAG